GCCCACCGCCUCGCUCACGGCACGCUCCCCCGCUGUUCUGCACACAGGUUACACUGAGAGCUGUUCCACCCUGUUGGAGAAGAUGGCUUCAGGGCAGUAUUUUAAAGGAUUCGUGCUGCUGGUGAUUCUGAUGGGAAAUCCGGAGCUUGCGUCACCGCAGACAAGCCCGACCGGGUUCAGCGAGUCGCCGAUGGCCUCGGCGACCCCCCCGAUGACCACGGCCUCUGGAAGCAUGAUCUCCUGUCGCCAGUUCAACUGUAACGGGUCAGACUGUUACACCAUGUUCAUGAAUCAAACGGCCAUGGCCUGCGGUGGCAAUUCCUCCUACUGCUCACUGCAGCGCUUGGUGUCCAUGUCCUACUCGGUGGGCUGCAGUGAUGACUGUCCCAGCAUGGCCUGUGCCAACGCCACCCACACCGGCUGCUCUGUGGCCUGCUGCAACACCACCGACUGCCUGAACGGCACUCUGUUCUCCAUGGUCCCCACCACAGUUGCUCCGACCACAACGCCCAAAACUACACCGAAGCCUACGACACCGGGAAACAACGGAAAGAAGUGCCACAAGCUCUCAUGCACGGGGGAGAAGUGCUACACGAAGGCCGACCAGAAGACCAAAAUCAUGCUGUGUCCCGUCGGCCAGGACUACUGCUGGCUGAAGAAGACGGUCAGCGGCUCGGUGAUGACCUGGGUGGCGAGCUGCAGCAAAGACUGCAGAGAGGAGGAAGCCUGCACCUCCACGGCGGUGGACUGCACCCAGGAGUGCUGCAACGCCACCAAGGCCUCCUCCUGCCUGAAGCUAGACGGGACCCUCAACACCCCCAACUCCCUGGCCCCCCACCUGGCCCCCGUGCCCGUCCUCUCCCUGCUGGCCGCCGCCCUGCUCGCCUGGCUGGCUGGCUCACAGAUCCACGCUCAGUAACCACGGCAACUAGUGCCCCGAAACACGGCUGGUUAGGUCAGAGUAGCACAACCGUUCCCGUGUUCCUCCAGAGAGGAACGCUCACUUAUUUUAUUCCCUUACUGCGAGUGUGUGUGUGUGUGUGUGUGUGUGUGCGUACUGCAUGCGUGUAUGAGUGUGUGUAUGCAUGUGUCAUGUGUGUGUGUGCAUGUGAGUGUGCGUGUGAGUACUGCAUGUGUGUAUGAGUGCGUGUAUGCAUGUGUAAUGUGUGUGUAUGUGAGUGAGUGUGUGUGUGUGUGUGUGUGUGUGUGUGAGAGUGAGUGUUUAUAUAUAAAAAGAAAUGUUUAAGCUUCACAUAUUCUGUUACUUGCACAUCUAAGUGAUACUGGCCUGUGACAUCACAGAAGAUCAGCUGUGAUCUGUGACAUCACAGAAGAUCAGCUGUGAUCUGUGAAAUUUCAGAAGAUCAGCUGUGGUUUUGUCUCUUGGUGGCAGAAUUAUCCAACCCAGGGAUGCCCAGUUAAAAGAUCCAACAUGUAACCCCACCACUAUAGAAAACCCAUGGAAUCAUCCACCCAGAGCCCUGAUCUGCCUCUGAAUUUCCCUGUUGUCUUUCAGCAGAUAUAUCAUUAUCAAUUCACUUUGACAUUUUUAUUUUAAAAAACAAAACAAAAACAAUGUUACUCACCUGUAAUGAUGUCACAAGUAUUGACGGAAUAUAUCCUUGGUGAUGUACUUGUAGCAGGUAGAAAAGAAAUCAAGAAACCCCAAACUUCCUUCUUCAUUUGUUGUUCCAUGUAUCCAAAUGCACUUUAAUACCAUAAAAUAAUAAUUAAAAUUCAGACCAGCUUGUUUUGAGUUGUUAUGUAAUAACUUGAAACGAGUGUUUUACGUAGAAUUACUAGUUGGGUAGUCAAUCAAGUGAAUUAAAAGCAGAAGAGACACUUUGCUUGAACUAUAUGUCAGAAAGCUUUCAUAACAUCUUCAUUAGCAUGACAUAGCAUCAUAUGCAGCUAUGUCAUAACACUGUCAAAAUUUAUGCACUGAUUUUUUUACCAAAAAAGCAUAUAGUUUCAAAAUAACAGUUUCAAAAUUAUUGCUGUGCAUGUUAUGACAUUGUUAUGACACCUGUCACAAGCUCAGGACUGGUUAUAACAGCUACUAUGUCAUGCUUAUGACAGUAUCAUAUGUGAAUGGCAUACAGUUGAAGUAGGACAACAUACUAAUCUUUCCCGACCCACUUCAGAUUCUAAAGUUCCUUUGAGCAAUGUCUGUUUUUCACAUAAAUGCACAGUUCUCGUAAAACCUGCAUCUAAAUAACACUCAAAUCAUGUUCCCAAUUGUGAACAAUAGAGAUGUUUUUUUUACAUUUAAUAAUGAAGAUAUAGUCCAGGUCAUGUCAUACAAUUAAAAAGUCAUAUUUGCACUGCUAUUUAACUUAUGUUUGUAACUCUGAAUACAUUCCGUUAUACAUAUUAUCCUAUCGUAAAAUGUUGAAUAAUGCUUGGUGUAAUAUUGAAAGAAGUAUAUCUUUUUUUUUUUUGGCUAAAAUGUAUAUAUGUAUAAAAUGUAAUGACUGCUUUUGAAAUCCUAUCAAAUAAAAUGUCCCAAACA